UUCGGACGUGUACAUUAUUCACGAAUUUGACUGUCUUACAGUCCCUCAAUUCAAGCGGGCUGCGAUCAAUUCUAAGUCUUAAUGAAAAUCUGAUUCAUGAUGGCAUACAGGCACAAUCCUUCUCCAUUCUACCGCAAUUCCCCUUUUUUGCGUCCAUUCUAUCGGCGUUCGGCUAGUUUUUUGUCCAACAGCAGCGGAAUUAUGGUCAGUUACGAAAAGGGUGAAAAGGUCGCCUUAAAAAAAAUCCCAUUUAAACCUGACGAGAAUAGCGAUGAGCAAAGUGAGCACUACUGGGAAAAUCUAACAAAGUUACGUGAUGAGAAUCUGGUUCAGUAUCGCAGCUUUACGCUACAAGACGAUGGCAGAAACCUUUCGAUGGAGUUGUGUCAGGGAUCGAUGCUCGAAUACUGUCGCGGGACAUUAGACCGCUCAGUUGCGAAACUCGUUAAAGGAAUUGAUAUAAUGUGGCAAAUCACGUGCGCUGUUGAUUACUUAUUUCGCCAAAAAAUUGGGCACGGAGAUUUGAAACUGGAAAAUGUGCUCUUUAAAAAAGUCGAUUCGGAUCCCCAGCGGGUUGUUACCAAACUAUCCGGAUAUGGAUGCAAUUAUCCUCAGUCUGCGGAUGACGUCAAGACGGAUUUUUCCAAAUUCGGCUGCUUAUACAUUUCCGCUGCAACUAAAAAGGAGAUAAGACCAGACGGAGCUACCACCACCUGGAAUUUGGCUGGAAUCGAUUUUAACGCCCAAUGGCUUGCAUUCGAAUUGAUUAACCUGGUGAUUGAUGACAAAAAUCCGUUUACUUUUGAAGCUGGCACAUUACUGCGACAUCCGUUUUUUAUCCGUUACUGCCAAUAUGCAUUACCAAGACUAAUUAACGAGCAGGCUAACGAGGAAAUUGUGACAAGGUUAAAAAUGAAAGGAAACCUUGCAAUAUGGAACAAAUCUUUAGUUGACGGCCAUCCUUUACAUAAAAAUUUCAGCGAUCUAGAAAGGAUACUUUUUUCAGAAAAUAAAGACAUAGGAGCUGCAUUGACUGAGGCAUCCACAAGAACACCUCAAUUACUUUCGCAAUACAUUUGGCACCUUUCGACUACCACCUUUCCUAAAGAAAAUAAUAUAUCACUUUUGAAGACAGGGAAGGUUCUAGGAAAAGGAAGCUAUGGAAAAGUUUACGAAUGUUAUUAUACCAACAACGAUGGAAUACCAAUUCUGGCCGCCUGCAAAAAAAGUAAAACGUUAUCGGAAGAACAGUCGAGGAAGGCAGAUGCAGAUGGUGUAUACGAACGUGAAAUCCGUGCCCUUUCGAAGCUGAAUCAUUUAUUCAUCAUCAAAUACCUCGGAGUAGCAGAAAUGACCAACGAAAAGUAUAUUUUUUUGGAAUUGUGUGAGGGAUCCUUAAAGAAGUACGUUGAAGGAAAGCUCGAACGAGUUCCUAAAGAUUCGUUGGAUGAUAAAAUAAUAAUAAGUCAAGUGGCCCUUGGUCUGGCCUACCUCCACAGCGAAGGAACCAUCCCCAAGGAUUUGAAACUCGAUAACAUCCUUCUCAAACGUCAGUCACCUGCAUCCCCUCUCGUCUUGGCUAAGAUCACCGAUUUCGGAUUUGCUAAAGAACUGAAAUCCGAAUCUUCUAGUUUCAGUGUCACUAUCCACCCAGGCACAAAAUCUUACAUGGCACCCGAACUUCUCCUUGCUCCUCAUGGUGCUUAUCCGGCUAAUUUUGCCAGCGACGUGUAUUCUUUGGGCAUAACAAUUGCGCGAAUUGUAUUGAAAGGAAAGCAUCCUUUCGGGUCUAGCGAAAUGUUUUUCGCUACACAAUUCGAUUCAAUGAUACAAGGGCUGAUUCCACCAAACCUUCAUCAUCUCAGCUGGGAUCUGAUUGAUUUGAUCAUCAAAUUAGCAGAUAAAGAUCCAGCAAAACGUCCGAGCAUGACCUUAGUUUUGUACCACCCAUAUUUCAUUUUGACAAAUGACAAGACCAAAAGACAUUUCGUCAAACAGCUUUGGACUGAUUUAAGUUCAAAGAAUAGAAAACAUCAAAUGAAGAACAUAUUCAAUAGACACAAUUUCCAGGAGUGGUACAGGACCAUCACCGCUGAUAAGCCAGAAACUGCCAAAGAGAAGGAAGAUAUGGAGAAAACCUUGCAAAUCUUCAAAAAUUAUCAACCAGAUUUUACAGUAGAAACCUUGUAUCCGGAAAAACAAUACGAACAAAAAAUUAAGAAUGCCUUAACGGCGGAAUACGAUGCUAACGUUGGACACCAGAUCGAGGAGAUCUCUUCAAAUUACAGUCUGUUUGACCAUUACCAAUACGAAAGUCGCACAAUUUCAAUGCCCGAUCCCAAAUUGAUUCUCAAGGAACACAAACCGGAAAACAAUGACAACUCCGGAAAACAAACUAAUCAGGUAUUCGUUGUAAAGACAACAAUGACGUAG